AUGCAACAGACGUCUGCAAGAGGUCCGGGCGGUGGACGUGGAGGCCGUGAACGGGGAGGCCCGGGAGGCGGUGGUGGCGAUCAGAGGGCAUGCAAUUACUGCAAAGAAAGCGGUCAUAUAUUAGCCGACUGUCCAGUACUGGCCAAACGGUCCGCUGGUGGACAGGGAGGUCGCGGAGGUGGUGGUGGUGGCAGUGGUGGCGCUAAUAAAUGCUUUAAUUGCGAUAAAACGGGUCACAGAAAGGACGACUGUCCCGAACCCAGGCGCCAGAGGUCGACCACUGGUGCUCAGAGCACGUGCUUCGGGUGCGGACAGCCGGGCCAUAGAAAGGAUGAGUGCCCGCGAGGGGCCGGUAGCUCUCGCGCACCGGUAGCCUCCGGUGGUAGUAGUGGCGCGCCUACGCCUCAAAAGAAAGCCAUUGUGGUGACGACAUACGAACCGAAGGAACUACAGCCCGAAGGCAACCGUAAAAGGAAACCCCUAUUUGUCGGCCGUCCCGGCACUGGCACUAAAGGGAUUUCUAUCGCACUGAUCGCCAACCACUUCAAGAUACUCAUCAAAGACAUAACUGUCUAUCACUACGACAUACAGUUCGAGUGCAAUACCCGUCCCAUGGGUCAGGCGGCGAGCGGUGCCGUAGGCGGUGGUGCCGGUGGUGCCGGUGGUGGGGACCGGGAGUCCAGGAAUAAGGUCCGGAAGUUGAGGCAAAAGGAGAACCGGUUUGCGUUCAACACGUUAAUGAAUAUAAAGCGGGAGCUGUUCCGCAACGAACAGGGAGUACCGCUUAGACCGGUAUUCGACGGGAACUCCAUCUUCUAUACGACGGGAAAGUUGUCUAAAGACUUGUUCACCGGUAGCAUAGAGGUGCCAUUGGAUGGCGAGAAUAGUAGGCCCUCGCAGGUUAAGGUUACAGUACAAUACGCGCAGCCCAUCGACUUGAGCGCCGUUAACCUCUACUACGACGGCAUUUCCGACACAGUGCCCCGGUAUGCCAUGCAAGCACUGGAUAUUAUACUCAGACACGGGCCCACCAUUACCCGCGUGCCUAUCGGCAACUCCCUGUACCCCAAAUGGGAGACCUCGGAGAGUGGGGACGGCAGUCGUGUGUACAUCGACGACGCCGGCAACAAACAGGUAGUGUUCGGCCACUACCAGAGCACCCGACUCACCAAAAUGGGACUGACAUUACUGGUGGACCGGUCGGCCACCGCUUUCUUUACGGGCGGACCACUGGUCGAGUUUGUCAAGCGUUUGAUGGACAGGAUUCCCCGCUAUUAUGGCAAUCGUGUCAAUGAGUAUAUAUUGGAUUACGUGAAAGGCCUACGCAUAUACACCGAACACCUGGGCUACCAGAGGCCGUACACCAUAGACGGCCUGUCAUUACUGCCGGCCCACAGACAGAAGUUCGAGUCGACCGACGCCAAGGGACGGACAGUUGACAUAACAGUGAAACAGUACUUCGAGAGUCCGAAAAGCGAACAGAAAGCGUUUCAACUGGACGUACCCGACACUAACCUGCCGUGCGUUAUACCAAAGGCCGGUAAGGUUAUAUACCUGCCGAUGAGCGCCUGUCACCUAUACGCCAAUCAGCCGGUGCCCAGGGCUAAGCUCACCGGCGAUAACACGGCUAAAAUGGUGCGCGCGUGCGGCACUCAGGGCCCGUUUGAACGCUUCGACGCCAUUAACGAGGCGGUGUCGGCCAUCAUCGAUGGCUCCCAGCCCUACCUACAGGAGUUCGGGCUGAGCAUCGACUCCCGGGCCGCUAAGAUACCGGGCCGAGUGUUGGCCAAACCGGCCAUUCAAGGCCUGGACCGUAAGGAGCGUAAGAAAAUGCACCGACCGGUCGACCUGAAGCACUGGGUGUUAGUGAAUCUGUGCGAACGGUACGUGACGGACGACGCGCUCCGGGCGUUCACGAGCGACCUGUGCUGGCGCGCCGCCCACGAGGUCGGUAUGGAUGUGUCGAACCCCACGAAGAUCUUUAAGUACGACCGCAUCGGGCGUAAGGAUAUCGACGCCAUAUUUGAGGGCGCGAAGGCUGAGUGCGUGAAAAAAGGGGUUACCAUUCAGAUGAUAAUGUUUGUCAUACCCGAUGAUGGAGACACGCGUAACACCAUUAAACUCGUUGGUGAUACUAAGCGGGGUAUUGUCACGCAGUGUGUCAAGUCCAAGAACGUCGCCUGUCCACCCAGAGGAGGCGUUCAGUCAAACCUAUUGCUGAAAAUCAACACAAAGUUGGGAGGAGUGAACCGCAUCUUAGACACUGACCGACAAACCGGAAGUCCUACGCAAACCCAAUUGGCGGACAAGUUGGAGACAUCAGUGGCCGCCUGUAUCGGCUCCAUAGACGCCGAUUACAGCCAAUAUUCGGGGUCUAUUAGGGCUCAGGAGAGGUCUACCAAAGCACAGGCCGUAGAGAUGAUAAUGGACUUCGAGGGCAUGAUUAAGGAACUGCUGGACGAGUACCGCAAAGCGCAGGGAGCUCUGCCCAACCAUAUCAUCUAUUAUAGGGAUGGGGUGUCGGAGUCCCAGUUCCAGCAGGUGUUGGACUACGAGCUCCAGAAGCUUCGCGACGCGUGUCUGGCCAAAGGGAUUACGGCACCCAAACUGACGUUCAUUACGGUCCAGAAGCGACACCACACGCGCUUCCGUCCCGAGAACCCCCAGCGCGGUAUGGGCCCCAAGAAUAACAUACCGCCCGGCACUGUAGUGGACAGUCACGUCGUGCACCCGACCGACUUUGACUUCUACCUGUGCUCUCAUGUGGGCAUUCAG